AGUCGGAUGUGCCAGCCGAGCUGCGAGUGGCAAAUGCGUCGCAAAAGUUUGUGACUUUCACUUCGACCAUCCAAAAUCAGCUGCUGCUGGUGUCGCUGCUGGAGCACCUGUGCCACAUGUACACGCACAACCCUGUUCAUUCCAGGUGUUUGUUCCGAAUACUUCGCCAGGCUUUCACAAGAACCGGGUUGCUCUCCCCUUUUGCCUUUUGUGAUGAAUUUAGUACUGUAAGACUCCAGCACAAUAGAGCCAUUACUGAACUCAUGAAAGCAGCUAAUCGACAAAUACUUAACGGGGAACUUGAAAAUGGAGAUUCUCAUGCAGUUGGGGAAAAAGAAAUUCUCUUUGAAGCACAGACUUCACGGUACCUGAACGAAUUUGAUGAGGUUGCAAAGCUAGGAAGAGGAGGAUAUGGCAAAGUAUACAAGGUCAGAAACAAGUUAGAUGGUCAGUUCUACGCUAUUAAAAAAAUUAAAAUCAAGAAGGCUACAAGAAGAGAUUGCAUGAAGGUGCUAAGAGAAGUGAAAGUGCUGGCUGGGCUGCAGCAUCCCAACAUUGUGGGCUAUCACACUGCUUGGAUGGAACAAGUUCAAACAGUACAUCCAAAAGGAAAAACAUUAAUGGAGCUGCAGCCAUUAUCUUUGGAGCAAGAGAGCAGCAAUGAUCACUGUCACAUUGAGAGUGCUGAAAGUGGUAGCUCAAUUAUCUUUGCUGACCUUCCUUCACAAGAAAAGAAGUCCUAUAACAGUUCCAGUCUUAGAAAUCUGAGAAGUGAAUCAGUGCACAAUAUGGAUGUAAGGAACGAUUUUACAAACAGCAGCAGUAAAGAGUGUGUGAAACCAAAUAAAUGUGAAUUAUCCAUAGACUUACAAGAAGACUCUGUAAAUAGCAUUAACAGUUCAUCAACUGGUGUGAAAAAUCAUGCAGCAUGGGGACCUCAUUCCAGUCUGGGUCAAGGGGCUAGCACUGAAAGCAAGUCCUGCACUGAAGAAUGCUCCAGGAAUGAUGUAGCUCUCUGUGUAGGGCUCGAGGUGGAAUAUCCUUUGAUGCUUCAUAUCCAAAUGCAGCUGUGUGAGAGAUCCCUGUGGGAUUGGAUUGCUGACCGUAAUCAGAGAUGCAGUGAGAGAAUAGAGGAAACUUCCAGUCCAUAUCAUCUCGUGGAUGUGCACUGGACAAUGAAAAUUUUUCAAGAGCUGGUGGAAGGAGUUUGCUAUAUCCACAGCAUGGGAGUGAUGCAUCGAGACAUUAAACCCAGAAAUAUCUUUCUACAUGGAUCAGAUAAUCAUGUAAAAAUAGGUGACUUUGGAUUAGCCUGCAGAGACCUUCUUUGGGUUGAUGCAGACCAGUGGUUUCAGCCAGAAAGGGUAAAUGGGCUGACACAUACUUCAGGAGUGGGGACUUGCCUCUAUGCCUCACCAGAACAACUGCAGGGAUCUCACUAUGAUUUCAAGUCAGACAUGUACAGCGUGGGUGUUAUCCUGCUAGAACUCUUCCACCCAUUUGGAACAGAAAUGGAAAGAACUGAAGUUCUUACACAUUUGAGGAAUGGCCAAAUUCCUGACACUUUCUACAAGACAUGGCCUACUCAAGCCAAGUAUGUUAAACUCCUCACCAGUCAGGGAGCCACAGAAAGACCAAGUGCUGCUCAGCUUCGGGAAAGUGAACUGUUUCACACCACAGAACAUGUUAUUUCUAACCUCCAACAGAAGGUGAGAGAGCAAGAAGAAGAGAUAGAGAAGCUGAGGGAGAGAAUCAGACUGCUUUCUGAGGAGGAAGAUGAACAUAUGAGACUGGGCUCUCCUGUUUGAGUACAGGAAGAAAUAACCUAUUGUAUGCUAAGAUAUAAAAAGUUUCUUUUUUUUUACAUAAAAUAUUCAAAUCCAUUUUCA